AGGACCCCCCCGAAUCCCCAUUUCUGGACACCGGGACCCUCCUGCACCCCCUCAUCCUGCACCUGCAACCCCUGCACCCCCUUCCCGGCCAUCCCGCCUUUCCCAGACCCCAGACCCGCCCUUUUCCUUGGCUUUCAGACCCCCCAGAUCUCCCAAGUUUCCGAGUCUCCCCAGUUCUCUAUUCCUGGCGCUUCCUGAAAGGGGGCUCUGGCGGGUCCCGCGAGUCCCAGGGUGUCUCAGGGGGAUCGCAGUGGGGAUCCAGUUGGAUCCAGAUGAAUUCCCUGGAAUUCCCCUUCCCCCCCCCACUCUUCGUUCCCUCGAUCCCUUUCGCUUUCGCAUCUCCCGAACUGCGCCACAGAGAUCGAUCUGUAACGGCUCUGAUGGCUCCACCGCCGGCUCUGGGGGUGCUCUUGGGGCUCCUGGCGCUCCUGGGGGACCCGGGGGGAGCGACGAGAGUUCUCCACUCCCUGUGUUACCGGAGUGUGGCGGUGUCGGAGCCCGGCCCGGGGGUCCCCCAGUUCAUGGUCAUGGGGUACCUGGAUGGGAUCCCCUUUGAGCGCUACGACAGCGAGCGGGGCCGGAUGGAGCCGCUGACACCGUGGAUGAAGAACGGACCCGAAACGGGAUAUUGGGAUAGGGUGACUGAGAUCUCCAAGAGGAACCAGCUCGUGGACGCUGAGAACCUGGAGACAGCACGGGGCCGGUACAACCAGAGCGGGGGUCUGCACACACUGCACUGGGUUCAUGGCUGUGACCUCCUGUCCGACGGGAGUGUCCGUGGAUCCAGUCGGCACGGUUACGAUGGGCGGGAUUUCAUCUCCUUCGAUCCGGGAUCCAAGAGCUUCGUGGCGGCCGACAGCGCUGCCCAGGUCACCACGAGGCGCUGGAAUGCUGACAAUAACUAUUUAGAGCAUUGGAUGGAUUACGUGGAGCACACCUGCAGGGAAGAGCUCCAGGAAUACGUCAGAUAUGGGCAGGAGGAGCUGAAGCGCAAAGAACCCCCCAGCAUCUCCCUGAACAUGCUGACGCUGCCCAUGCAGAAUGAGGUUUAUGCUCGGCACAGGAUCCCCAUCUCUGUCAUCAGCAUUGCUCAG